UGUUGCGAGAAAUGAGCUUGCGGUCGGGUCUGCGUCGCGUGAGCGUGAAGAAUAGUUACACUAGCUGUCGAAUAUCGAUGAACGGCGGAUAUCGGCUUGUUGGGAGUGAAUCGGAUACUAGACUGCGUGGGCGUGGUCAACCUUAUGAGUUGUCGCGAUUGCAGAGGUUUCUUCUGACGGGAGGGUCGGGUUUGAUGGCACUGUAUGAUCCAUCUAGAGAUGACAUGGUAGCAACGUUUGGUGAGACGACCGCUCUUCCAGCUGUGAGAUGGAUUCGAGAGAGGAUGAUGGCAAGCGAGGAAGGAAGAGAUCUACUGAGAGAGAAGCCCAGGGUGUCUUCCGCUACCGUUGAUCUUGACCUGUUGAGAUCAUCAUCUGAUGAAACCUUUGGACAUCACUAUGUCAAGUUUUUGGACAGCAACAGAGUGACUCCUGAUUCUCGUCUGCCUGUGAGAUACAUUGCAGACCCGGAACUGGCAUAUGUAAUACAACGCUAUAGAGAGAUACAUGACUUUGUGCACACUUGUUUGGCUCUCCCUAUUCAUUUGAUUGGAGAGGUGACCGUCAAGUGGGUCGAGAUGUUUCAGACUCGUCUUCCUAUGUGUGUCUUAGCGUCUUUAUUCGGGCCUAUACGACUCUCUACAAAAGAGAAAUUGCUAUUUCUAAGAUACUAUUUGCCGUGGGCUGUUCAGUGUGGAACUCAGGCCGACUUUAUGAUGAGUGUCUUUUAUGAGAAGAGGUUUGAACAGAACAUUGACGAUCUGAGGAUGGAACUUGGAAUACCAAGUAUAAGUGGCAUACCUUCCGACGUUCGCGAUGAACUUCAAACAUAAUUUAGUUAGUAGGCUACAGUAGUGCUGAAUCAGAAAUUAAGUUUACACUAUGAAUAGUAUGAGUGAACCUUGUGGUACGUGGCUGCACACUACAUGUAUCCAGAGAGAGUGAACUAAUAUUGAUGUCAAUAUUGAAUAUAACGAUAAUAGUCACGUGAUGAAAAAAUAUUUAAAUAAGAAACAAUAAUAUUCAA